AUGGCUUCCCCAGUAGCUCCUGAGAUCGGGAAGCACGAUCUCACGAUCCUACGGAAGGAACUACGGAUCGCUUCCAUAAGAAGUUCGGACAGAUGCCUUUUCCAUGCCGCUAAAUGGUUGGCUGAGCAAUUAAAUUCCCUUCCUCAAAAUGUCCCUUCAUCGCAUCACUAUCUCAAAGUCCAUCCUUCACUACCCCACGAUGGAGCUGGACUUGACACUUUUGUGAACGAUGAUGAAGAAGACAAGUACCACCUUGCUAAAUCUUAUUUCAAUGUAAAUGAAUUCGAUCGAGCAGCGAGGGUGGUGGAAGGGUGUGUUAGCUCUAAGGCGGCAUUUUUAUGCUUGUAUUCAAAAUUCAUGGCCGGCGAAAAGAGGAAAGAUGAAGAAAGCGAGAUGGUGCUAGGGCCGCUAGACGGGAAUGUAACGGCAAAUAAGGAGCUGUCCAUCUUGACCAAGAAACUCGAAACCAUGCUCGCGGACAACAAAGAGGAUACCUUUUUACUAUACCUCUACGGGGUAGUACUCCUCAAACAACGGAAUGAAAAGCCUGCUUACCAGGCGUUGGUUCGGUCCGUUGUAUCUUACCCAUACAACUGGGCUGCCUGGGAUGAGUUGAAAACUAUUACCCGAUCAAUUGAGGAUGUCAACCAAGCCAUGCUUGAUUUGCCAACCCACCUUAUGACAAGCUUUUUCCAGCUUUUGGCAUCACAAGAGCUCUAUCAUGUCAAUGAAGGUGUCUACACUCUAGUGGAACAGUUAACGGAUGUUUUUCCGAGGAGUUCGUGGUUGAAAAGCCAAAGAGCUUUAUUAUCCUACCAUGUCAAAGAUUAUGAAGAGUCAGAAAAGAUAUUUGACGAAAUCAUGCAAAAUGACCCUUACCGCCUCGACUUUUUAGAUCACUAUUCAAAUAUUCUCUAUGUCAUGGACAAGCGCUCAAAAUUGGCGUUCGUCGCCCAAGUCGCAUCUGCAACAGACAAGUUUCGUCCGGAAACCUGCUGUGUAAUCGGAAAUUAUUUUUCCAUGCGCUCUGAGCAUGAAAAAAGUAUUAUGUACUUCCGUCGCGCCCUCAACCUCGAUCGCAACUUCCUAUCAGCAUGGACUCUCCUCGGCCACGAGUUCGUGGAACUAAAAAACACACAUGCGGCAAUCGAAUCAUACCGCCGCGCCAUCGAUGUGAACCGCAAAGAUUACCGUGCAUGGUACGGCCUCGGUCAGGCAUACGAGGUGCUCGAGAUGAAUUACUACGCUCUUUACUAUUAUCAACGCGCAGGUGCCCUUCGCCCAUACGAUAGUCAAAUGUGGGCUGCAAUGGCCGCCUGUUACGAAAAGAUGAACCGUCCGGACGAUGCAAUCAAGUCUUAUAAGCGCGCAUUAUCCGGUAAUGCCGGAACUUCUGCAGCGACUGCAAAUCAAUGGGAUGGUUUUGAAUUGAACACUAAGACACUAAUAAAGAUUGCGAAAUUAUACGAACGGGUGAAGAGAAGUGAUGAAGCAGUUCAUUAUAUGGAAAUGUGUUUGAAAGCUGAGCCGGAUUUGGGACCGAGCGAGGAUAUUGCGACAGCAAAGAGUUGGUUAGCACAUUAUGAGAAGGAGAAGUUGAAUUUGGGAAGGGCAUUACAAUUGGCGCAGGAGUUGUUUGAUGCUGGAUUGAUGGUCGAAGAUUCGAGAGCUAUGGUUAGAGAUAUUAGGAACCAGUUGGACAUGGAUCAUCCGAGAAUAUGA